CUUCCGGGUUCUGUGUCGAAUCUGCUAGGGCGGACCGACGCUGCGGCGCGGGAUAGGGAAURUGCGGCUGCGCGCGCGCCACGGCGUUUACGCGGCGAUUUCAUCAUGCUCCAGGUCGGGCCGCGCGCGCCGCUUCCGCCGCCGCCCCCUCGGGACCGCCCAGCGCCGCCGGCUCAUGCCCUCUCUGCGCCCGGCGCUGUUUAGACCCCUCCGCGCUGCUCUUCUGCUGUCGCUGCCGCCGCUAGCGCUGCGGCCCCCCGUUCGGCCCUCGCCCGCGCCCCGMCGGUCCUUCAGCACGCCCGCCAGCGUCCAGACCUCGGUCCCCGCCGCCGCCGCCUCUCGGAGCAGCAUGGACGGCACCGGGGCAGAGGAGGUGCUGGCACCUCUCCGGCUAGCCGUGCGCCAGCAGGGAGAUCUUGUGCGAAAGCUGAAAGAAGAUAAAGCACCCCAAGUGGAUGUAGACAAAGCAGUGGCUGAGCUUAAAGCCCGUAAGAGGGUAUUGGAAGCAAAGGAGCUGGCAUUACAGCCCAAAGAUGACAUUAUUGACAGGUCAAAAAUGGAAGAUACCUUGAAGAGAAGGUUUUUCUAUGAUCAAGCUUUUGCUAUUUAUGGAGGUGUUAGUGGUUUAUAUGACUUUGGGCCAGUUGGGUGUGCUUUGAAAAACAAUAUUAUCCAGACUUGGAGACAACACUUUAUCCAAGAGGAGCAGAUUCUGGAGAUUGACUGCACCAUGCUCACCCCUGAGCCAGUUUUAAAGACCUCUGGCCAUGUAGACAAAUUUGCAGACUUCAUGGUGAAAGAUGUAAAGAACGGAGAAUGUUUUCGGGCUGACCAUCUGUUAAAAGCUCAUUUACAGAAAUUGAUGUCUGAUAAAAAGUGUUCUGCUGAGAAGAAAUCAGAGAUGGAAAGUGUCUUGGCCCAGCUUGAUAACUAUGGACAGCAAGAACUUGGAGAUCUUUUUGUGAACUAUAAUGUAAAAUCCCCCACUACUGGGAAUGAUCUGUCCCCACCAGUACCUUUUAAUUUAAUGUUCAAGACCUUCAUUGGACCUGGAGGAAACAUGCCUGGGUAUUUGAGGCCAGAAACUGCACAGGGGAUUUUCCUGAAUUUCAAGCGACUUUUGGAAUUCAACCAAGGAAAGUUGCCUUUUGCUGCUGCCCAGAUUGGAAACUCUUUUAGAAAUGAGAUCUCCCCUCGAUCUGGACUCAUCAGAGUCAGAGAAUUCACAAUGGCAGAAAUUGAGCACUUUGUAGAUCCUAGUGAGAAAGACCAUCCCAAGUUCCAGAAUGUAGCAGACCUUUACCUUUGUUUGUAUUCAGCAAAAGCCCAGGUCAGCGGACAGUCUGCUCGGAAAAUGCGCCUAGGAGAUGCUGUUGAACAGGGUGUAAUUAACAACUCAGUAUUAGGCUACUUCAUUGGCCGCAUCUACCUCUACCUCACGAAGGUUGGAGUAUCUCCAGAUAAACUUCGCUUCCGGCAGCACAUGGAGAACGAAAUGGCCCAUUAUGCUUGUGACUGUUGGGAUGCGGAAUCUAAAACGUCCUACGGCUGGAUUGAGAUUGUUGGAUGUGCUGAUCGUUCCUGUUAUGACCUCUCCUGUCAUGCACGAGCCACCAAAGUCCCUCUAGUUGCUGAAAAACCUCUAAAAGAACCCAAAACAGUUAAUGUUGUUCAGUUUGAACCCAAUAAGGGAGCAGUUGGUAAAGCGUACAAAAAAGAUGCAAAGCUGGUGAUGGAGUACCUCGCCAUCUGUGAUGAAUGUUACAUUACAGAAAUGGAGACACUACUGAAUGAGAAAGGGGAAUUCACUAUUGAAACGGAAGGGAAAACAUUUCAGUUAACAAAAGACAUGGUCAGUGUGAAGAGAUUCCAGAAAACACUACAUGUGGAAGAAGUUGUUCCAAGUGUAAUUGAACCCUCCUUUGGCCUGGGCAGGAUCAUGUAUACUGUAUUAGAACAUACCUUCCAUGUACGAGAGGGAGAUGAGCAGAGAACGUUCUUCAGUUUCCCCGCUGUGGUUGCUCCAUUCAAAUGUUCCGUCCUUCCACUGAGCCAAAACCAGGAGUUCAUGCCAUUUGUCAAGGAAUUAUCGGAAGCCUUGACCAGGAAUGGUGUGUCUCAUAAAGUCGAUGAUUCCUCUGGGUCAAUUGGGAGGCGCUAUGCCAGGACUGAUGAGAUUGGGGUGGCUUUUGGCAUCACCAUUGACUUCGAUACAGUGAAUAAGAUGCCUCACACUGCAACGCUGAGGGACCGAGACUCCAUGCGGCAGAUAAGAGCAGAGGUCUCUGAACUGCCCAGUGUUGUCCGCGAUCUGGCCAAUGGCAGCAUCACGUGGGUUGAUGUGGAGGCCAGAUAUCCUCUUUUUGAAGGGCAAGAAACUGGCAAAAAAGAAACAAUCGAGGAAUGAGAAACUUUGGCAACUUUUGACAGCUUGCUCUAAAUAAAAAAAUAAAAUAACUCUUAUCACGUCCAAAACAGCAGCAUUGUUAUUACUCCCAGGAACUGUAUUGUAUCCUAGUGAUUGCCUGAUUUUACUCCCACAAUUAAAGUUGAAGGAAUUCUGAACA